GACCUACAAGUGGCCCAUCUGCUGUUUUACAGUCUCCACUGACCUACAAUGGCCCCAUCUGCUGUUUAACAGUCUCCACUGACCUGACAAUGGCCCCAUCUGCUGUUUAACAGUCUCCACUGACCUACAAUGGCCCCAUCUGCUGUUUAACAGUCUCCACUGACCUAAAAUGGCCUCAUCUGUGAAAGARCGUCUCCUGGCCGUCCUGGAUGAUCUCGGCUCUGAGGAGCUGAAGAGAUUUAAGUGGUAUCUAACUACAGAAAACAAGCUGGAUGGCUUCCUUCACAUUCCAAAGGGCCAGCUGGAGACAUCUAACAGACUGGACAUAGUGGAUCAGAUGGUGCAGAAAUACAGGGGAAAUGCGGCUGUGAAGAUCACACUGGACAUCCUGAAGAAGAUUAGCCGUAACGAUCUCGCUGAGAAGCUAAACAGAGACUGUCCAAUAGGUCCUUCAGAUGAAGAUGGUGAGAAGUUCCAACAUGAAUAUAAACAGGAAGUAAAGAAGAAGUUUCAGCAUGUAUUCAACGGGGUACCGAAGCAGGGCCACAAGCAACUUCUCAAUGAGAUCUACACAGAGCUCUACGUCACAGAGGGUGGAAGUGGAGAGGUCAAUAAUGAACAUGAGGUGAGACAGAUCGAGAUCACGUCCAAGAAUCCAGCAAGACCAGAGGCUAAAAUCCUCUGCAAUGACAUCUUCAAACAAUUAUCUGGACAAGACAAACCUAUCAGAACUGUGCUAACAAAAGGAGUCGCUGGCAUUGGAAAAACAGUUUCUGUGCAGAAGUUCAUUCUGGAUUGGGCUGAAGGGAAAGCCAAUCAGGAUAUCCAAUUCAUAAUUUCAGUCCCUUUUCGGGAGCUGAAUUUGGUGAGGGGGGAAAAGUACAGUUUUGUAGAACUUCUGCAUAAAUGUGUCUUAGAGACUAGAGUGAUUGAGAGGGACUUUUUGAAUAACAUUUUAACAAAAUUGCAAAAACCAGGAAACCACAAUGAGAGCAAGUACAAAGUUUUAUUUGUCCUUGAUGGUCUGGAUGAGUGCCGACUGACCCUCGACUACGAGAACUGUAAGAGCUGGUGUGAUGUCACAGAGCCAACCUCAGUGGACGUGCUGCUGACAAACCUCAUCAAGGGRAAUCUGCUUCCACCUGCUCUCCUCUGGAUAACCUCCAGACCUGCAGCAACCAAUCACAUCCCUCCUGAUUGUGUUGACCAGGUGACAGAGGUACGAGGGUUCAAUGACCCACAGAAGGAGGAGUACUUCAGGAAGAUAUUCAGCGAUGAGGACCUGGCCAACAGAAUCAUCUCACACRUAAAGACAUCAAGGAGCCUCCACAUCAUGUGUCACAUUCCAGUSUUCUGUUGGAUCUUAGCUACAGUUCUGGAGMAYGUGUUGAGUACAGAUAAGAAUGAAGAGAUSCCCAAGACUCUGACUCAAUUAUUUAUUGGGUUACUGRURUUUCAGACCAAACRGAUGAAUGAUAAAUAUCACAAGAAAGGUGAGCGAGAUCCACACAGGGAUAAAGAGAGCUUCAUGGCAYUGGGGAAACUUGCUUUUAACCAGCUGRAAAAUGGCAACCUCAUUUUCUAUGAGGCAGACCUGAAAAAGUAUGGCAUUGAUGUCACUGAAGCCUCAGUGAACUCAGGAGUGUGUACACAGAUCUUUAGACAGGACUAUGGGCCGUUCCAGGACAAGGUGUACUGCUUUGUGCAUCUGAGCGUUCAGGAGUUUCUGGCUGCGUUAUAYGUUUUCCUCUCCUUCAACAACAGCAAUGUAAACCCAAUGACCGAAGACCAAUCCUUCAUCAGAAAAAYUCUAAUGAAGUGGAAUCCUGCCAUCACCUUCCACACGAUUGCAGUGGAUAAAGCCUURCAGAGUGARAAUGGACACCUGGACCUGUUCCUCCGUUUCCUUCUGGGCCUCUCACUAGAYUCCAAUCAGACUCACUUACACGGCCUACUGACACAGACAAGAAGCACCAGAAGCAGCUCASUGGGCCAUGAGGAAACAGUCAARUACAUCAAGAAGAAGAUCAGGAACACUCCAUCUUCAGAGAGGUGCAUCAAUCUGUUCCACUGCCUGAAUGAACUGAAUGACCAUUCUCUAGUGGAGGAGAUCCAAAGAUACCUGCAUUCAGGAAAUCUGUCCAAAACCAAACUGUCACCUGCACAGUGGUCAGCUCUGGUCUUUGUGUUGCUGACUUCAGAAGAGGAGCUGGAUGUGUUUGACCUGAARAAAUACUCCAGAUCAGAGGAAGGUCUUCUGAGGCUGCUGCCAGUGGUCAAAGCCUCCAGGACAGCUCUGCUUAAUGGGUGUAACCUCACUGAGAAAUGCUGUGAAGCCUUGGCCUCAGCUUUCAACUCAACCUCCUCAAACCUCAGAGAGCUGGACCUGAGUGACAACAACCUGCAGGAUUCAGGAGUGAAGCUGCUCUCUGCUGGACUGGAGAAUCCACACUGUAAACUGGAGACACUGAGGUUGUCACGCUGUCUGAUCACAAAGAAAGGCUGUGCUUCUCUGGCCUCAGCUCUGAGGUCCAACCCGUCCUACCUGAGAGAGCUGGACCUGAGCUACAAUAUCCCAGGAGACUCAGGAGUGAAGCUGCUCUCUGCUGGACUGGAGGAUCCACACUGGAGACUGGAGAAACUCAAGUAUGUGGAGAGGGUUUGUGGAGUUUGUGUCAAGUCAUGUGUGACAUGGACAGUUCCUGGGUUAGUUAUAACUAUUUAA